UGAAACUGCCUCUUUCAUCUACUUCACACUGAAUUCAAGGACUCGACCAGCAGCCCGAAUUUCCUUUUCAUACAAAGUGUCAGCAUAAAGACAAUGAGGAGAAGCUCGUUUUCAUCUUGCACUGAAAACUGAAUGUGUCUCACUGAUGGAACAGGAAUAUUGUUGAAGAUUGAGGUCUAAAUUAAUGGUGGCGUAGAAAUACCUUGGACUGUUUUAUGAAUUUUUGCACACAUCUGAGGAUCUUUUGAAGGAGUUCGUCAUGAAUCCCCUGUGGAAAGUCUAUAAGAGUAAGGUCAUGAAGACCCUCAACCCGGAGAUGGAGGAAGAAACGGUGGAAGAGGUCACUGAUGCUGCUGAAGAUAUGACACCUAUCCAGUCUGAUGAAGGACCCAGUGCAGUGACACAGCUGGCCAAGAGAAUGCAGGGAGCCGGAGCGAAAGGAUGGAAAAGUGUUUCAUCUCUAUUCACCAAGGAUGAUGAACACCAGCUUCUGGAGGCAGACAAUCAGCCGGCAGCAGAUCAUCCACUGGCAGUGAAGCCCGAAGAGCCUCCACGAUCCAACAAGCGCAGCACUGGAUUCUGGGAUAACUUUGCGACUAAAUGGCACCAAGCAGCUGCGAUGAGGCAAGCGGAGGCCACGGAGGCAGGAGGCGACGGCAGUCAGGAGGUGGGCAAUGAGAGCGGGGCAAGAGCUGAAGACGGCGACAACCAAGUUGGCCAGGAGGGCGAGGCGGGCAACAGCAGCGGAGGAAACAGCUUCUCCAAGUAUGCCACGCUCGGAGAAGGAAAUGAAGACACACCGGCCUUCAAGUGGAACUUUGUCACCAGCAAACUGGCUGAGCUGAAGACCAAAAGCAUGGCCAAGAGUAACUAGCCAACAGCGAGAGCAGGUUAUCGCAGUUCAGACCACAGGGGCCACAGUGCUUCAUAUGAGCCUUAUCAUACAGAUGUAUGUGAUCGCAUUUCACCAAACCUGUUUAAAAGCAUCGACCGUGACCGACACUGUGGCCUCUCUGGGCCUGGACUGAAUGGCAUUCAUGUGGGAACUGCUAGUUAUGGGAUAUGUCUGUUCAUUAAAGGUGAUGUGUGUAAUUUUUAAUGACAAAAUACAGAAUCAUCAUUAUUUUUGCAAUUCCAUUUGGUGCAGAAGAAAUUACACACUUCACUUAAAAAAGAAACACUGUUAAAAUCAGGGAAGUAUGAGAAUGAAGUAUUAUUAUAUAAGUAAAAAGUUUAUAUAACUCAAUGAGAAAAGUAAAAUAAUGACUAUUUUCUUUUUAUCAAUUGAAAAUAGUUUUCUAUAAGGAAGAUUAUUUUUAAUAAUACUGCCUAGAAAUACUCUAGCAACCACUGUAUAAAUCAAUUCCUUACAAGUAACUGAAUAUUAAGUGCGAAAAUAAGUAGCCCAGUAAAUAUGAAGAUUAAAUGUGAUCUGAAAACCCCAGAAAAACAAUCUCACCAAGAAAAACGUAGUAUAAAUCAGAUUAAUGAUUUUACUAUUUUUAUAGUGUAUAUCAAAAACAAUACUUUUUAUGUAUUGUAUAUUUAGAAAUGCAAUUGAUAAAAUUGGAAAAUGUUUAAUUUACUAUUUUAUUUUAUUUUAUUUUAAAGGGUGGAAGUUUACAGAAUGUGUGUCUGGUGUAGUUCAUGCAGUGUGCUGUCUGUUUCAUAAUGUUCCUUACACAUUGUUUUGUCUCUCCAGUUGAAGUCCUGAAGUCUAAUGUAAGUGUUUAUGCACAAUGUCUCAAAGGUGCUUUGUGUCUGCUGUCGUUGAGUCUCUCUGUCUUUGUUCACAGUUUGCUCUGUUGUCAAAAGUCACAUUGAAUGAUGAGUUUUCCUGCUUUGAUGUUUUAUUUUAUGAUAUAAUAAAGUUAUGUUGGGAAA